AUGCCAGCUACACUCCUCACUUCACCCAUGAUGGGUGCUCCCAAGGCGGAGCAAUUGCGACUCGGCGACGGCGUCUACGUCCCUACUCUGGCAUUCUUCAACGCCGAUGACGAGGUUGACUCGGCGGCUCUCGAGCAGCACAUCAUCAAGCUCCUCAACUCCUCAGUCGCAGGCAUCGUCGUCCACGGCUCCAACGGCGAGUGUGCCCACCUCUCCCGCGACGAGCGCACCGCCAUCAUCCGAGUCGCACGGGACACCAUCCUCCACGAGGCCAGCGGCCAGAGGGUCCCGCUGAUCGCGGGCUGUGGCGCCCAGAGCACCAGGGAGACGACGCAGCUGUGUGAGGAUGCCGGCAGGGCCGGUGCCACUCACGCUCUGGUGUUGCCCCCGAGCUAUUACGGAGGUCUCCUCCCCGAUGCGCUGGUGGUGCAGCACUUCUACGACGUGGCGGACAAGAGUCCUAUCCCGUUGCUUGUCUACAACUUCCCCGGCGCCGCGGCCGGCCGCGACCUCAGCUCCGACACGGUCCUCGAGAUCGCCCAGCACCCCAACGUGGUGGGCGUCAAGCUCACGUGCGGCAACACGGGAAAGCUGGCACGCGUCGUGGCCGACUGCCCAGACGGCUUCUUCGUGGGCGGCGGUAGCGCCGACUUCAUCCUGCAGGGCCAUGCCGUGGGCGCCAAUGGAACCAUCUCGGGCUUGGCCAACCUGUGCCCCAAGGCAUGCGUGCGCAUCACGGAGCUGGCUGACGAGGGGCGGUGGCGCGAGGCCCGACAGUUGCAGGCGCUCGUGGCCAAGGCCGACUGGACCGCCAUCAAGACCGGCUUCGUCGGCGUCAAGGCGGCGCUGGGCCACUUUGCUGGCUACGGUGGCGAACCCCGGAGGCCUUGUGUUGGACCGGCGCAGAAGGAGCUGGACGUCAUCGUGCGCGGGUUCCAAGAGGCCAUGGAUCUCGAGAAGACGCUGUAA